AUGAACUUCACCAGAAGAUCCGUCCCCUUCAACCCAUCCACCGACAUCCCCUCGCUACAAGGCAAAGUCAUCCUUGUAACAGGCGGCAAUAUCGGACUAGGCAAGCAAACAGUCCUUGAAUACGCAAAGCACAAUCCGGCGCUGAUCUGGCUCGCCGCACGGAAUCCAACCAAAGCCCAAGCCGCCUUUGACGACAUCAAGUCGCUUCUACCGAAGCCCUGCCCAACAACAAUAAGACUCCUUGAGCUUGACCUCUCAUCGCUGGAAUCCGUCAAAAGCGCCGCAACAACCGUCCUCGCCGAAUCAACACGCCUCGACAUCCUCAUGCUCAAUGCAGGCAUCAUGGCCGUCCCGCCCGGCCUCACAAGCGACGGAUACGAAAUCCAAUUUGGAACGAACUAUCUAGGCCACAUCCUCCUCGCACGCCUUCUCACGCCGCUCCUCGAGCGCACAGCAUCUUCUUCUUCUUCUUCUUCUGCAUCUGACCCUCCUUCCAACCCCCGCAUAAUCCUCCUCUCAUCCUACGGCCACAACUUCACGCCCAAACCUCACGGAAUCGUAUUCUCCUCCCUCCGCACAGACGGCUCAGACCUAGGCCCCUACGCCCUCUACGGCCAGAGCAAAUUGGCCCUGAUCCUGUGGGGCAAGGAAGCUGCGAAGCGUUAUCCAACUUUAACCAUCGCGAGCGUGCACCCGGGCGUCGUGCAGACGAAUCUGGCGAAUGGGGCGACUGGGUCGCCGUGCUGGGUGCAGGUGCUUGGGAAGCUCGCGUACCAUGUUCUUACGGGUGUGGAGCAAGGCGUGAGGAAUCAGCUUUGGGCGUCGGUGAGUGCGGAUGUUAAGUCGGGGGGUUAUUAUGUGCCCGUGGGCAUUGAGGGGACGGAGAGUGUGUUGGCGAAGGAUGAGGAGUUGGCGGGGGAGUUGUGGGCGUGGACGGAGGGGGAGAUUGGACGGUUUUUGGGUUAG